UAUAAUGUUUACCCUCAAUAGCGUCACCGGAUAUGACUCAUUCCGCAGAAAGUAACAGUAUUUCAAAAGACGAACCAGGUGAUGAUGUUUUUCAUCCUUCAACUUUGCUGAACAAACCAAAAUUGAGCAGGCAGGCUGCUCUGGACGCUAUAAAAAAGAGGCGCAGGAGAGAGGAAGCGGAAAAGACUAAUAAUUCAUUAAAUGAAAAGCAGCAAUCAGCGUCAUCAAAUUCUGAAAACCCAGUAACAUUCGAGGAGCAGAAGGAUGCAACAGAUUAUCUUGUCAGAUUGAAGAAACUGAACGAUAUCGAACUUUCGCUUAAGCCUACCACUCCACCAGCAUCAGCCACUGUGGAAGCAUGUGAAUCAACUGAUUCCACUGCUAGUGAAAAUAUAAAUGGUAUGAAUAAUGCAAGAACUACGAAUACCCGGAUAAAACUGAAUGAUGCGCAGGCGCAUAGACAACUGCAACAACUAAAACGGCUUACAAAAGAACAAGAAGAUAAAGAAGAUUUUGUUCGCGUGAAACCAAAAGAACAGAUACCUAUUACGAGCUUUUGGACUCAUAUGGAGCCUUACUUUCGCAACUUAACGGAAGAGGAUCGUGAUUAUCUUAAACAAAAGACAGAAGAUGAAAAAUACUACCUGCUACCGCCAUUAGGUAUGCAUUAUUCUGAUAGAUGGGCUGAGGAAGACCAGGAACUAGGCUUAGCUUUCAUGGAUUCGGCAGCAACAUCAUUAUCAAUACCACGAAAUGGUUUUCAUAAAAAUAGUACUAGUAGUAAUGACAGUAGCAAUAACAACAAUGGGCAUAACUCUGAUAACAACCAUAGCAAUAAUGAAGAGAUUGAAGUAGAAUUCGGCACCUUGACGGAUAGGUUGAUUGCUAGUUUAGUAAAAGAAAAUAUACUAUCAUCGGAUGAAGAAUAUGAGAAUGAUGAAGAUAUAAAUGAUGAUCUCGAAGACGAAGACGAGGAAAAAGACGACGAUCCAGCUGGUGAUGAACCGAAGGAUACUUCAGAGUAUGCUAGUGUCUUAACCACUGAAAUUAUAGACAAAUACCAACCGUUAUCCAUACUGCAAAUGAAAGUCGAUCCUACAGCAGAAAUAGUUGAUUUUGAAGAAAGGUUGAAAAGAGAACUUCGCUAUGCUGGGUUGUUGACAGAUGACGAUAUUGAUUGGAAGGCAAAAGAAGACGAUGAAAUAUGCGCAGAACUUCGUAAACUGAGCCGCAGUUAUAAAGAGCAAGUUAAAGCAAAUGAGUACCGGAAGAAAAAAUUACUAGAAGUAGUCGAUUGCCAAUUACAGUUUGAGCAGUAUAGACAAGUGCUGGAUACCCUAGAUAACCAAGUAGAACAAGGAUAUCUGAAAAGAUUUCGUCCACAAAAAUCGAAGAAACGCAAAGGAAAUGGGCCAAAACCGACCUUAUCAGAAAACACAAUUUACGCUAUGGAAAAACGAAAAACUUGGGUCGAUGCUCUAGGUGGCAUUUUCUGCGAUAAAAAUAUGAACAUGCCUCAACAAUCUAUUUACACUGACAAUAACUCUGAUAACGCUCUCGGUUUUUCAACGGAAACACGUCCGCCGCCUUCAUCAACGAGCAAUAAUCUCUAGGUUUGAUUCCCCAAAUUUGUACAGUCUAUACCUUCUGCCAUUUGCACGACAUCAUUGUACAUUUCACAUCUAUUACAUACACUACAUAUGUAGCACAAACACAUUCUUCCAUCAUAUAAUUUAUAUGUAUUAUAUGUGGAAAUAAGAAAAGCUCCUAGCUUUUCCUAUUAUUUAUUCAUACUUCUACAAUUUUAUUUAUUCUUCAUUCAUUCGUUGAUUUAUUCCGUCUUCUUUUUGCCAAAUAAUAAUUUUAACGAAGACCAAACGAAA